GCCCCGCCCGCCUCUGCUCAGCUCGGUGAUUCACUCCCUCCUUCGCCCCGGGGGCCCCCUUCCCGGCCAGACAGCGGGCAAGACGGCUGGGUGUGCAGCGUCCUCGAACCCGCGAGCAAGCGAGCAGAUCCUCCGCGGCCGCAGGGACUCCGGCCCAUGCCAUGGCGGAUUCUGAGCGCCUCUCGGCCCCAGGCUGCUGGGCCGCCUGCACCAGCUUCUCGCGCACCCGAAAGGGAAUCCUCCUGUUUGCUGAGAUUAUAUUGUGCCUGGUGAUUCUGAUCUGCUUCAGUGCCUCCACGCCAGGAUACUCUUCCCUGUCGGUGGUUGAGAUGAUCCUUGCUGCUAUCUUCUUUGUCAUCUACAUGUGUGACCUGCACGCCAAGAUACCAUUCAUCAACUGGCCCUGGAGUGAUUUCUUCCGAACCCUCAUAGCGGCGAUCCUCUACCUGAUCACCUCCAUUGUUGUCCUUGUUGAGAGAGGAAACCAUUCCAAAAUCGUCGCAGGGGUACUGGGCCUACUCGCUACAUGCCUUUUUGGGUAUGAUGCCUACGUCACCUUCCCCCUUCGGCAGCAAAGACAUACAGCAGCUCCCACUGACCCCACAGAUGGCUCGGUGUAGGCGCACUCCUCUCAUUUCUCUCUGCAACCUGCAAAUAAGUCCUGCAUCGGAAUAACUCCACCCCCACAACACUCCCAGCCUACCAAUUCCCAGCCUCCUAUUGAGGCAAAAGUGCCUUUAUUGGGAGAAUUUUGUCUUCCAGCCUGCCAAUCAACUCCUGGGUGUGACCACUUUUAUGGGUGUGCCUAGGGUCCUCUUUGGUGUCAAAAGGUGAUACCAGUUCUGCCUGAACCAUGCCCCCACCUAAGCCACAAAAUGAGGGAAGAAGGCACCUUAGAUUGUAGAUUCCAGGCCCCAGGUUUUGACCCGCUCCAAAUAAUCUCCCCGCUGUGGGGGAUGGUUCUGUGGAGGGAUGAAUAAAUAAACAGAUUGUUAAAAUAUA